AUGAUAAUAACCACUAAGAGUCGCUCGUUCCGCGGCCGCCUGGCUUCAUCUUGGGCACAUUUCCUCGCGGACGGCAGCCAGCCAGCUGGGCGUGGCGUGGCGGGCCGCGCCGGACCUGCAGUCAUAGCUGGAACGCAGGAGGACGGCUGUGCAGACAGUAAGCAGCUAUCACAGCGAGCGACAGCUGCUCGCCUCCCGGAGCCGGCGCCGGCGCCGGCUCCUCCACGGGCGGCUGCUCAGCUGCUGCGUGCAGUGAUUCCUCCAAAUUGGCCGCCCCGCCCCGCCCGAGGUCCAGCUCCAGCACGGCCGGCGCCGCCGCUUCAUUAUACAGGGGGCUCCGGUAGUCUCGCGGCGGGCGCUCUGCGCGCCAUCUACAGUGAGUCUGCUGCGCACAUACCGGAUAAAGGAAAUAUGCGUGCGGUCGUGUGUACGUCAAACAAGACAUCCGUCGAUCGGCAACCCACUGAUCGGGGAGGCCACGCCGGCCCCCGCCUGUCUGCGGAGGCGUCGCGCCAUACAUCUCGCAGCUUGUUGCCAGUGGGGGCACGUCUCGCCGACAAGCUCCCACCACCCCCACCCCCGCCUCUUUCUAGCACCCCUCUCCGCAACACAGCACGGACUCUUCCUCCGCCGCCGAGCUCGGGGUAG